ACAAAUACGAAUAAUGCGUUACAGUUAUAACAGAUAUAAUUGUGAACAAAUGGGAAUAGCCACAAACAACUAACUUGUUAGAAAGAUCCAGUAUUGAAGUGGUCCACCAGACAAUUAUAACAGAUGAGUAGCAUCUAUCAAUAAUUUAUUACUCCGUAUUUCAUACCCCAAAUUUAGUAACAAACAAUUAAUAAUUAAAAUUACAAAAUAAAAAAAAGAAAAUAAAAUUUUUAACAGAACAUCAGUUUCAGACUCUGGAAAAAAAAAUGAAGGAAGAAAUAAGUAAACAGCUCUUACAGCAUGAUAAUAAGAUAGAUGAUGAAGCUGAUGAUGCGGAGCCAGUAGAAGCAGCAAUGGAUUCGUUGUUGUCGUUGAUCACUCCAAUGCUGCUUCUCUCCGCUUUCAUUGCAGUUUUGGGUUCAUUUUCAUGUGGUUUUAUUGUGGGAUAUACAUCACCGGUGCAAGCUGAGAUCAUGAUGAAACUUGAUCUUUCAACUGCCCAGUAUUCUCUCUUUGGAUCAAUGGUUCCUAUAGGAGGGGCAUUAGGUUCUGUAGUAUGUGGCAAGUUAACGGAUUAUCUAGGUCGUAAACAUGUACUGCAACUAACUUCUGUAGUUUACAUCUUUGGCUGGUCUGCCAUAUCAGUAAGCCAGGGUGCAAGGCUGCUCGACUUGGGUAGAUUGAUGUUGGGUGUUACUUCAGGCAUUUCAGGAUAUGCUAUUCCGGUGUAUAUAGCAGAAUUUACUCCCACAGAACUUCGAGGAGGGUUUGUGAUUCUCCAUGUGUUAAUGAUAACAGUCGGAGUAUCAACAGCAUUUCUCAUAGGACAAGUCACCUCUUGGCGUACCUUAUCUUUGUUUGGUAUUAUCCCGGGUUUUGUACAGAUAGUUGGUUUAUUCUUCAUUCCAGAAUCUCCUAGAUGGCUGAUGAUGAUGAGCAAAAACAAGGAGUUCGAAGCAUGCUUACAGUGUCUUAGGGGAGAUUCUGUCGAUAUCUCUCAGGAAGCAGCUGAUAUAAGGAAAUCUGCUAGAGCCCUUCAUCAAAUGAAAAAAGUUGGCAUCACACAACUAUUUCAAAGGAAAUAUGCUUAUGCACUCACAGUGGGAAUCGGUCUUUCAGCACUUCCUGCCCUUGUUGGUUUAAACGGGAUCAUAUUCUAUGCCAGUUCUAUCUUCGAUUCAGCUGGAUUUUCAGUAAAACUGGGAACAUUGGCACUGGCCUUAUUCCAGCUCCCAAGUGUGGCUUUCGGUAUAAUUUUGAUGGAUAAAUGUGGGAGGCGGCCUCUUAUUAUGGUUUCAGCAGCCGGUCUUUGCUUAGGCUGUUCACUGACAGGGCUCGCAUUUCUGUUUGAGGACCGUCACUUUCUGAGUGAUUUCAGUCCUUACAUUGCGCUUAUUGGCAUACUGAUCUAUGUUGCUUUAUAUCCAAUAGGUAUAGGUGGAGGAUCUGCUAUAAUUAUUUCCGAGAUAUUUCCCCUGAACAUAAAAUGGUCAGCAGGCAGUAUUGCUGCUGUAGUAACAAACCUAUCAUCAUGGAUCGUUUCAUAUGCUUUUAACUUUUCUAUGGAAUGGAGUUCAUCAGGUAAAAUGUUCCAUCUUCUUUUCAUUUUUACUCACAAAUCAUUUUUUACCUUACAAUGUUCACUUAAUAAAAUCAUCUGCAUUGUCUUAGGGACAUUUUUCGUGUUAGCGGGUGUUUGUGUGUUUACACUGAUAUUUGUGGCGAAGCUGGUGCCAGAGACAAAGGGAAGGACUCUUGAAGAAGUUCAUAUGUCAAUGAGUGAUGUUUGGCAAUGAUGUAACAUGUACUUUUAUUAAGCUAAAGUUCAAUUACUUUCAUCACCAAGUAUAGUUCAAAUUUAUUUGUAAAAAAAGAAAGAAAAGAAAAGAAUUGAACUUAGAAAGAUUGAUGAUGAAUUAUGCUCUACCUAUGUUCGUUUUAAGUUUGUUAUGAAGGAAAAAAACUCAUCAUCCCGACAUCUGUUAUCUAUUGAGCCAAUUACCAACAUCUUAAAAUCUUAGGGGUCGUUUGGUUGGGGGGUAUUCAAGAAAGGGAAUAGGAAUCAAUCACCCCGAUUUCCUUUGUUGUUGUUUGUUAAGCACUUUCUUUCAUUCCCUUUACCCCCUUCAUCCCCCAAAUCCCUCUAACUUCA